AUGGAGCAACAGUUAUUGGGAUAUGAGGAUGAGAUGUAUAGAUUGGAUCACGCUGAGCACAUUGUUGGGAGGCUUGAUCGAGUGGCGCCUCGAAUCUUGCGCACCAGAUGGAAUCUGAUGACACGGCCGCUGGAGCAGAUUAGGCCAUAUCUGAGACGAGCCGAGUUUGAGUAUAUGGCCUAUAUGGUCGAGUUCGAGCACGAUUGGUCGCUUGCCUCGACAUUGAUAGAGAGGUGGAGGCCUGAGUCCCAUACCUUUCGUCUACCGUGCGGGGAGAUGACUAUCACCCUACAGGAUGUGGCCUAUCAGUUGGGACUCAGGAUUGACAGUGAUCCUGUGAGUGGAUGCAUAGAGGACAGACAGUCACAGACGAAGUGGACUGUGAAGCUCACUUGGUUCCAUAAUACGGUUUGUGGAGAGCUAGAGCAGGACGCCACAGAGGAGCGCCUGAUGAGGUACACGAGAGGAUACAUCAUGCAGUUGAUAGGGGGUAUCCUCUUCCCAAUUGCAUCUGACUCUCGGGUGCAUAUCAGGUGGCUUCCCCUGCUGGAGGACCUUGAUACGUGUGGCCGGUUGUCGUGGGGUUCGGCUGUGCUGGCAUGGCUGUACCGCCAGAUGUGCCGGGCCACGAAACAUGGUCAACGCAACUUGGGAGGAUGCGUCAGCUUGAUGCUUUCCUAG